AAGAACUCAGUGAGCUGUGUGGUCCAAUAUUGAGGCUUAGCCGCAUUGACAAGUCUUCUGCCUAUCUGAAGUAGAAUCAUUACAUGUUGAGACCCCGGUGUCGUACGUCAUUAGAUAUAUUUUAACUAUUAGUUUAAAGAAACGCUCUUCUUAAUAUUUUUCUGGAUCGGCUGUGAUACAGAAGCGAUGCAUCUAAGGACUGGACUUCUUCUUGUGAUGGUGCUAACAGCAUCUGCAUAUGAACUGGAUCAAAACGAGUCAUAUUCACCAAGAAGAGCACGCUUUUCUGCAAAUAGCCCCUCAGACGUGGCCCGCUGCUUGAACAGUGCCCUCCAGGUAGGCUGUGGGACUUUUGCCUGUCUGGAGAACUCCACGUGCGACACAGAUGGCAUGCACGACAUCUGCAAGUCCUUCCUCUACAGCGCUGCUAAGUUCGAUACUCAGGGUAAAGCCUUCGUGAAGGAGAGCCUUAAGUGCAUCGCAAACGGCAUCACCUCCAGAUUGUUCCCCUCAAUACGGCGAUGCUCCACCUUCCAGAGGAUGAUCUCCGAGGUGCAGGAGGAUUGUUACAGCAAGCUGGACAUCUGCACUGUGGCCAGGGCUAAUCCUGAUGCUAUAGGAGAAGUGGCACAGAUCCCCAGUCACUUCCCAAACAGGUUCUAUGGGAAGCUCCUGCAGAGCCUGAUGGACUGUGACGAGGAGACGGUGGACCUGGUGCGAGAAAGCAUGGUGUCCAGACUGGGCCCGGAGAUGACCAUGCUGUUCCAGCUGCUACAGAGCAAGCCCUGCCCCUCAGCUGAGGGGGAGGCCCCCUCAGCUGCUGCCGCCGCCGCCGCUUCGCCUGGGGCGGAACCCGCCGGAAACUGGCGCUGGUCCAUGUACAAGAUCCAGCCUAAUCUACGGAACAGAGACUCUGCCAGUCACUUUGGCAAGAAGCGCCCUGCUGGUGACAGCUCCUAACUGUCCCAUCUGACGCUCACAAACACCCUCCUCCAAAACCCUUAAAACAGAAAAGGGGGGGUCUAUUCUCCAGGGUGUUCCAUUCCAUUAUCAAAUGACAGAAUAUUAUGCACUUCUAGAGAGUAUCCAACAAGAAUAUUUGUUCAGAUUUCUUUUUUUUAUUGUUGUUGGAUAUAUAGUUAUAUUAUCUCCUCCCACCCCUCACCUAAACUAUCUCUUAAACCGUAGACUUUUAUUGAAUAUGGUCCAAUAUUAACACUUUACAAGCAUUGUUUGAGACCAACACAUCCAUAAUCCCCAGCACAAACCUGCCUGACAGGAUCUCUACAGCACAAGUGGUCCCCAGUUUGAGGAAAAGAACUUGCAGGAUACAGACAUCCAUCCAUAAAUAGAAUAUGAGUUCAUCAAUUCAGUUUCUCUAUAGAAAAUGUAUUGUGACCAUUGAAUAAUUACUGUUAGAUGUGAUCAGAUAUUUUAUUACGUUCUGUAUGAUGAGACCAGCUAUAGUGAGCAUGUGAUGUUGAAAUGUGUGUCUCAAAUUUAUGGUCUGGACACACCAGAUUAUUUUAUGUGUAUAUAUUUAUCUGAGACAGCCAUAGUGAGAUCCUCAGAAGGAACUUGAAACUAGCAUUGACGCCAACACACACACGCACCAAGUCUGGAGCGUGUGCUGAGUUCUCAGGCCCUCAUGUGUCCUGGGUUCCAAUUGGCCUCAUCCAAUACAAAAAAACUAUUUAUCAACAUUUCUAGGACUAUGCCAAAUCUGUAAGUGGACAGCAGUCCCCCUCAGAGAUGAGUAAGGAGUUGAGCUAGGCCUGUGCCUGAGACGAUGUAUGGUAGUCACGUUAUUCUCAUUUGAAACAAUGGUGUGGUCUACAUUUAUGAGCAGGAUACAGGCUGACAAGAGAAGUUACCUUCUCGGACUGUUGAACUACAUUCUCCUGGGCAAAACUGACAUGGAGGGGAUGAAUAUACACACUGACUUCCAGUGUUGAGAUUGACUAUUUAAUAAGUCUUGCUGGUAUAAUAUUGAUAUUUAUUUUCCUACUACAUAUUAUUUAAAAAUGUAUUUUGUGAUGUUGUCAUAGUUUUAGUUAGUUUGCAGAUAUACAGUUUUAAAAUAAGUCCAUUUUGAUAAUGGCUCCUAUGUUUGAAUAGGGGUUUAAUAUCAAAUAGAUGAAUUGUCACUCCUCUAUGCGAUCCUCUCUGCUGAUUGAAUAGGACCUGUGUCAAGACCCUGUGCUGGCCAUAGGGGAACAACCUGGUCAUUAACCCCAAGUGAUCUUCUUUAAGAGCGUUAGAUGAGAACACAGCAACACACAGUUAGGACAGUUUGUCUUUUAUUAGAAGAAAAUCUAACGAGGAAAUUAGUUGAGCGCAUCCUCAGUGUAACAUACAACACGUUCAAAAAUCCAGUCAUCUUUUAUGGUUUAUUCUUAUGAAAUAGUCCGUAAGUGCUUCAUUGAAAAGAGGAUGAGCUAGACUUUGGAAGUGUGUAUUUGCACAUCGUUUAUAUUUGGGCUGAGGAGGAGCUUUCAGAGGCCAACAUUACGGAAAGGAUCAGAGAAUUUAGUGCAAAGACAUGCAUUGGUUUUUCGAUACGAAAUGAUAAACAGCGUUCAGAAUUCAUAAACUAUGCAAUAAUAUUUCACAAAGACGAUUCACAGUUAAAUAGAACCUUGCCCCUUUGUUGCAUCUAGUGUCAGAUGUUGCCAUUUGAAUCGGGCAGUAGCCUGUUUAUCCCCAUAGCAACAGUGUUGUCUGCUGGACAUACAACCUAAAUUUCCUGUUCUUUCGCUUGUUUUGUUGCUGUUGUCUAAUUUUGUUGUGGUUUCAUUUUGAAUUUUCUUUUUUCCUGUGAAUAUGAUAAAACCUUGCUCUUUGUAGUAACGUGGUGCAGAGGGGAAAAGAGAAAAGUUUAAAACAAAUAACUCAGAUAUCCAAGGACUGUAUUCACACUGUAGUAUAUCAAGUUAAAUAUGCACUUUGCAUCUUAUGACCUCUAUAAAAGGGCAUUGAAACAUUCAGCACUUGUUAAACGUAAACAUGUAUUUUAUUUACCCAAUAGUCAGAUAUUAUUAGUUGAAAUAUUUUUGCAUUCUAAAGAGCUGGGGCUAUUACCGGUGUAUGUACUGUUCCUAUGUCUGUGUUGACCCUGAGUGAAUCCAGAACCAAAUAUUUGCUGCUAAACAAGCUUAUUUCCUUAUAUGAGACUGUCCACCCAACAUACUGUAUGUCCCCACCUAAUUCUACAAUGUAAUCUAUUUCCAGUAUCUACCAAUGUCAGAGAUAUACAUUAUGUUUCCACAAAUCGAUCUAAUACUGUAUUUUUUUUUACUCUAUCAUCCAGUGUCCCUGUAUUUUUUUUGCUUUUGUUUCUGAAUAAUGUCAUCAGUGAUUGAUUUACCAAGGGCAUUUUUUUUUUUGGUUUCAAAUCCAAGGUCUGGGUAACUUCAAAGAAUGUACCUUAUUAUGAAUGUCUGGUGUAUUGCAGAUAUGCCCUCACCCAGAAGGUUCAGCAGUGGAGAUCAGGACUGUGUGAGUCAGCACUGUUGGGUUGUAUGAAAUCUUGAGACAAAGCUUUUGAAAAGAUAAAUCAGUUUUUAAAUUUAGGUCGUUCAGUUCGAUUCAGUUGAAUGUUAGUUAGAUGUCCGCAUUGUGGUGCUCUAGGGAGAUGGGACAGUAGUGGUUAAAUGUACUCAUGCUAAAUGCAUAAAUGUACUCAUGGCAAAAUCUGUGACAUCAGCAACUAAGGUUUCCUGUCACACCCCAGACUUAUAUAACAGAGGGGCAAAUAGGCUCCCUGAACUCUGGAACUCCAAGGUACUCUUUCCUCUUAAGACUUGAAAUAUGAAUAUAUACGUGUGUGUGUAUGUAUGUUUCAGUACUCUGCCAGAAUAUACGCUUCUCCGAUCACGAGGAGUAUUUCGAUGCUAAUGAACCCUGUGUGGUUACUUUGCUCUCAAACUCAAAUGCAAUCAAGCAACUUAGGAAUCUGAGGCUGAUGUUUCCAGACACAGUAUAGCUCUGAUACGCAUGAUCGAUCCUUGUGAAUCACUUGCACUUUAAACAUACCCAUCUUCUUAUACACCCGUACUGUAUAUGUGUAUGGGCUUUUCUCUGUUCGGAAAACCUAUGAAAGAUACAAAUGUAUCAACUCAGUGUCUUUUGCUGACAAGAAAUAAAAUAUCAU